AUGGCAGUCAAUUCUUUUAGUGCACAGUUAGGAGACCUGCUUUUUUCAGUCGCAAAGCGGCCAGGAAUCCAUCUGAUGGCUUUUAUUCAAAAAUCUAUUGAGAACGAGUAUAAGAGGAUUUACUAUGAACUUACUUACUUACUUACUUACUUACUUAGGUAUUUAAGGUGUUUUGAUUUCUUCAGCAGGAUGAUUUAGGCAUGCUUAAGCCCAUCCUUUUUAACUCCCAACUGGUGACGUCACCAAGCACUCCUGGAUCGGUUAGCCCGAUCUGGCCGUCUAUAAAGUUCCGCCUCAGCAGGGCUAGAAAUCCCGCACCGGCAGCGUUGCCUCGCCCGAACUCGACUCCUGCGCGUGUUUCCGCCUAAGGGUCACCCUCCUCGGGUGUGUCAAGCAGCAAACCCAGGUGGAGCUUAUUAUCUUGACCAAAGAAAUACCCUAUGCGGUAUUCCAUAUUGGUAUUGCUGAUAAAAGGCCACGUGGAAAACUGAACCCCAUAAUAAUAAAAGCGAGGGGAAGGAAUAGUUCUCUCGGAGAGAACUAAUUCCGCACUGAGCCAUUUUAUUAUUAUGGAUUUACUAUGAACAAAUGAUUUAUCAGGCAGCAUUCCUAGCUAAAGUCAGAAGGCAGCACUUAGCUGGGGCUGUGAAUUUUGAUACUGCUUAUGAAGAAGCAAAUGAAAUGAGCAUAGAAGAGCACAAGAUCUAUGCGAAAGGCGAAUAUUUAGAACAAAUUUACAAUAUUCUGGGAACUCUUCAUAAUAUUGCAAGGAAUAUUGAAGUGGUUUAUGAUAAAAAGCAGUAUGAGAAUAGUGGGAAAACUUCGCUGUUAGAUCCCAACUCGUUCCCAAUUGCUGAUUUAUCUAAUAAGCACCUAAUUAAAGACAUGACUUCAAUAUGAACUGAAUUCCCUAAUGAUGUAAACCCUAAGCUUAUUGAUGGAGUUGGCUUCAGGACCUAUACAUAUAAAUCUACAAUAAACCACCCAGAAGCUGGGCUUGGAGUCUUCACAGAGUCUGAAAAGCCUAUUCCACCUGGAACCUUAUUAGGAUUUUUCCCUGGGAUUGUUUAUCCUUCAAGUACCAUGGAAGUGAAAAUAAGCAGGAGCAAGAUCCUGAAGGCAGAAUUUCCCUUUAUACAAAGGUAUAACGGAACAGGCAUUUUCCAUGACGACCCCUUACUUUAUCCUGCAUAUUACUUAGGCUACACAGUAGAAGAGUAUUUACAUAGCAGAGCUCGCUUAAAAAAUUUCCCUCAAAUUGAAAUUCGUCCAGACAUGCUCAACCCUUAUGCGUUGGGGCACAUGAUAAACCACCCACCGCCAAACACAAGCCCAAAUGUUGGCUUUAUAGACCUCGAAGUCCCUUAUGCCUUUUUCCCUAGCUUUCUAAUGAGGUAUUUCCCUUAUAUGAUUUAUUCAGAGAUUUCCAAAUCAAGAGCGUGGACCAAUAGAAAUUACCACGUCGUCGGGGUAGUUUCUCUAAAAGAGCUCCAUAAUGAAGAACUUUUUGUUAACUAUGGAGGAGAGCGAUUUCCUCAAGAUUUCGCCCCAGAAUGGAUGCAUGUUCCUCCAGAAUGCAAACCAAUAGCCCCCUAUCUAUGUAAAGAAGAAGCUCUUUACGAGUUUUCACGCCUGAACAAAAUGCUUAUAAAAUGGGACGAAAUUACUGCAAGUGCAAUAGAGUCUGUAGAAAUGGAAAGAGAAAAACAAAAACAGCAGCGAAUUAAAGAGUCCUUAGAAGACCCCAAGAUUUUUGAGAAGUAUUAUAACAAACCUAAAUAA